AUUUCCAAGAACACUCACAACCGACCUCCAUUUCUUAAUAGGUCCCUCAUCAAUGGCCGCCAUGCACGUCGUAGUCACUUGCCCAGCUAAUCUAUUAGACCAAGUUCAUUAUUAUUAAUUAUGAACGAAGAAAACAAUAUUAUAUGUUUUAAUUAUUGACAUGUUCCAAUUAGUCCCAUCUCAACUAUAUACAUAUACACGGGGAAUCGGACAGUUUCUCCAGCUUCACCCAACAAUCGUUAACGUGAGAGAAAAAUCGAAAAUGUUCGCCUGGAAACAAUCUCCCUCUUGCAUCGCUCUCCUCGCCCUUCCUUUAGCUUUGUUUGCCCUAGCAACCGUCGUCUUCUACCCUCGCGAUUUCGGCCUCCCGUCGACCUUCACCUCCUGCGGCAGCUCAUCAUCUUCGGCCGGCGGCAUCUCCGCUGCCCCCGUACAGCCUGAAUUUCGGCUCCUCGUUGGCAUCAUAACCCGCCCGGAGUACUAUGAGCGCCGGCACCUCCUCCGCAUGGUCUACAGCCUUCAGCAGUCCGACAACAACUUCGCCGCCCAUGUCGACGUCCGCUUCGUCUUCUGCAACCUCUCGACCGAGGAGCAGGCGGUCUUUGUCGCCCUCGAAAUCAUGUGCUAUGACGAUAUCAUCAUCCUCAACUGCACCGAGAACAUGGACAACGGCAAGACCUACAAUUACUUCUCCAGCCUCCCGACGCUAUUGGACGGCGACGCCAAGUACGACUACGUCAUGAAGACGGACGACGAUGCGUUCUUCCGGCUGCCCAGCCUGAUUGAAUCGUUGAGGGACAAACCUAGGAGCGAUGUGUACUACGGGCUCCAGAUGCCAUGCGACAAGGAGAACUUCUUCCCCUUCCCGCCGUUCAUGUCGGGGAUGGGGUACAUCUUGUCGUGGGACCUGGUGGAGUGGAUCGCCACAUCCGAGACGGCGCGGGAGGAUACCACCGGGCCGGAGGAUAUGUGGACGGGGAGGUGGCUGAACAUGGCGGGCCGGGCCAGCAACAGGUUCGACAACGCCCCGGCCAUGUACGACUACCGAGGCACGUCGCCGGCCACAUGCUUCCGCCACGACUUCGUGCCGGAGACCAUCGCCGUGCACCAUCUCAUAGACAACGCCAGAUGGACGGACGCGUUGACCUACUUCAAUUUCACAAAGGGGCUCAAGUCUUCUAAGCAAUACCACAUUCCCUGAUUUUUUUUCUUUCGAAGAAAAAAAAUUCAGGAUAUAUAUACAUAUAUAAUAAUUCUU